AUGGCGCUCAACUUUUCGAUUGACCGACUCGUCGAGCCGAAGAAGGCUGAUGAUAGUCCCGUGCAGACGCAAACCGACUGCUCGUCGCCGAGCCCGCCAACCGCCGGCCCGUCGAUGCACACGCUGUCCUAUUUUGACGUCUUCCUGCCGCACGUACAGAUGGCAUCCGCGAACCCAUUCCUCGGCGGGGUGUCCGAGAAUUCGCAAGCUCGCAUGUGGUCUCAGCAAUGGAUGGAGCUGUUGCAGCAGAGUUCAGCGGCCGCCCAUUUUGGAGAAGCCGCUGCCGGACUCUUCCUCCAGCCAUUCCGUAAAUCCAAGCGUAUCCGCACGGCCUUCAGCCCCGCCCAAUUGGUUCAGCUGGAAAAGGCAUUCGAGGCUAACCAUUACGUCGUGGGAACCGAGCGGAAACAGCUGGCGAGCCGGCUGAGUUUGUCUGAAACUCAGGUAAAAGUGUGGUUCCAAAACCGGCGGACCAAGCAUAAGCGCGUAAAAACGGAUGGAGAGGGAAAGAGCGAAGCCACCCGCGAGAAUACACCAGAAGAUAGGACGACAUCGGGGAGCCAGCUUGUCGAAAGUAUCGAAGCGGACAGCCCUCCGCUUGAUGGGAAUGAGCAUGAGGAAACCCCUCCUCCCCUGCCCAGCGCCUCAUCAUUGGCCCACCACGGGGUGUUGAUGUUUUUGCAGAAUCACGCGGCGGCGGCAGCAGCCGCAGCUGCUGCGCACGCUGUU